UGUAUAUUUAAAUUACAUAUAAAAUUAUAUGCUAUUAUAAUGGGUACCAUAAUAGCGGUACCGCUUAUAUUAGGCAUCAACAAGUUUAUUAAACUUUGUAAUGAAAUCAAUUGGCAAUUGUUUAAGUAUUUCAAUGUUUUGAUACAAUUAUUGUGGCAAAGAAGGGGUCAGAAAAGUAAUCGUAUUGUUAGACACGACGUCUGGAACGAUAGUAUACGAGACGCCGGGAUAUUGCCGUUCCCUCACGAGUGGGACUAUGAUCUGCCGUCACAGGCAAAAUGUGAGGAUUUGUUGAUAUAUGGCGUGAAUUCAUCGAAACAAAGCAUUUAUAUUGCAAUCAAAUGGAGACCAAAAGGAGUGAACGAUAAGAUCAAUGCAACCAUUAGUUUGAGAUUUGAUGACAACAACAGUAAUAGCUAUACAUUAGAGGAGGACUCGGAGGUCGAGUACCGGAGCAAUGAAUACAGAGUGUGUGGACUCGGCUUAGAGAUUAGUUCCCCGUUUAGACGAAAAAGGAUUAAGUUUAGGGGAUAUCUCACAAAAAAUGGCAAACAAUUAGUUUACUUUACAUUAUCUCCAAAAUAUGUGAAACAAAACAAUGCAUUUGAAGACCGAUUCCAACAAUUCGGUCAAAUGAAAGGCACUUUCAAAGAAGAUAAGGAAGAGGAGAGACAGAUAUACUUCUGGGGAUCUAUUAGUAAAAAGUAUGCGAUAAGUAGUGAACCAUUAAAUCGGAAAAUUACCCGAAUCUGUGGCUAUACUAAGAAAGGAAUUGGCUUUGAAUUGGGUUUUGUAGAGAAUAGCAAAUUGAAGAAUAGUUUCGCACAAAACCUAUCCGUUAAUGGAUUUGAGGGCAUGUGUUAUGUGUUAGAAGAAAAUGAGACACAAAUUUCAGAACCAAACAAAACGUAUAAAUCAGUGAAAAAUGAUUUGUCGCUUGUUUUGGGAUUCAAUGAAUUGAAUGCAAAACGCGUUGACUUAAGUGGAGGUAAAGGAAGUUCUUUAGCGGUUCUC